AAACCGUCCGUUACUUCAUUUCACACGACCAAAAUUCUUCUUCUCUACUGUUCUUGUCCCUCUGUCUCUCUCUGUCUCUAUCUCUGUAUUUUCCAACGAUAUGAAGACCAUAGAUCAGCAAGUGCGCCAUGCACAGACCUCACCCAAACUCAUCAAUGGCCAAAUGAACCUCCAUCACUUCAUCUCCUAUUUCCUUCUAUUUGGCUGCGGUUUAGCCUUUGGUAUAACUCUUAGUUUCUAUCUCAAAGAUAUUUCUUUCAACUUUCAACUCAAUCAAUUGUCCAUCCAAAGCCAGAUUUCACCAUCUAAACCCUCUUCAUCAUUUUCACUGAUUUCGCCUACCCCCUCGCAGCUUUUACCUUUGGGUGAGUUCUUGAAUCAAACGAGGAAUCGAACCGGGUUGAAAGAGUUCUUGAGAGUGCCAAACGUCUCCCAUGAUAUGAAAGAAGAAGAGUUGUUAUGGAGAGCGUCAAUGGUUCCCCAUGUUGGAGAAUUUCCAUUCAAGCGUGUCCCAAAGGUUGCAUUCUUGUUCUUGACAAGAGGGCCUUUGCCUUUGGCUCCUCUGUGGGAAUUGUUCUUUAAAGGUCAUAAAGGAUUGUACUCAAUUUACGUGCAUUCCAAUCCAUCUUUCAAUGAAACAGUGCCCUCCAAUUCUGUGUUCUAUGGCAGGAGGAUCCCAAGCAAGGAGGUGCAAUGGGGAAAAUUCACAAUGGUUGAAGCAGAGCGACUCCUAUUAGCUAAUGCAUUGUUGGACAUAUCCAAUCAACGCUUUGUUCUCCUAUCAGAGUCCUGCAUUCCCCUGUUCAACUUCUCCACAAUCUACCACUACUUAAUGGGCUCGUCAAAAUCUUUUCUAGAGAUCUAUGACCUGCCCGGCCCAGUUGGCCGCGGUCGAUAUAACCCAAGAAUGAAAGCCACAAUUCAACUUGAUCAAUGGCGAAAGGGCUCCCAAUGGUUCGAGAUGGAUCGCAAGCUUGCCAUUGAGGUAGUCUCGGACAGGAAAUUCUUCCCAAUAUUUCGGAGAUUUUGCAAGGGCUCAUGUUAUGGGGAUGAACACUACUUGCCAACUUUUGUUAGCAUCAAGUUUUGGAGGAGGAAUUCAAAUAGGACUGUGACAUGGGUUGACUGGUCAAAGGGUGGACCCCAUCCAAACAGGUUUGGGAGGAUGGAAAUCACUAGGGAAUUCUUGGAGAGGCUGAGGAGAAAUGGAAAUAAGGGAUGUGAAUACAAUGGGAGAAGGAUUCAUAUUUGCUUCUUGUUUGCAAGGAAGUUUAUGCCUAAUGCUUUGGAUAGGUUGAUGAGAUUUGCUCCUCAUGUGAUGCAAUUUUAAAUUAUUAAUUUAUCAUUUUUGGUGAAUUUCUAAAUAAUAAAUUUUGGGCAUGACAAGAUG